CUUAGCUAUAAGUGUAGACACGAACUUGUCCAUGCGGAUUUGCAUGACUUGUGAGUGUGCUGAAAAUGCCUCCACUGACAGCAAUGAAAUUACAAAUGUUGUUUGCCAUGUGUUUUGCACGGGCCUACCAAGAAAUACCUCAGUACCAGCACAGAGACCCUGUGACAUCUAAGGUGCUGCUUUGUGACCAGUGUCCACCCGGCACAGCUGUGAAACGCCACUGCAGCACAAAGGAACCCACUGUUUGUGCCCUCUGCCCAGAAAAACGCUUUGCAGAGCAGUGGCACUGGGGAGACAGCUGUCAACAUUGUACAUCUGUCUGCAAGGAAAGGCAGAUUGUACGAAGGGAAUGUAACAGCACUCAUGACAGGCUCUGUGAGUGUAUACAUGGAUAUUACCUAUUGGUGGAAUUUUGUGUCCGACACACUGCCUGCUCACCUGGCUUUGGUGUCAUUGUGCAGGGCACACCAGAGAGGAACACCUUGUGUGAGAAAUGUCCCCAGGGUUAUUUCUCCAGCACAUCUUCAACCACUGAACCAUGCAUACCCCACAGGAACUGCACUCAACUAGGCCUGAAGACUGUAAGACCAGGUACAGCCACCCAUGAUACUCUGUGUGAGUCUGAGAAUAAAGAGUUCACUUUUGACUGCUCCAAUCAACACACAGAGUGUCACAAUGACAUUACAUUAUGUGAGGAAGCAAUAUUUAAAUUCCUUGCAUCACCACCUUUGGCUUCUGUCUCUGUGGAGCAUCUCUCUGAGAGCCUUCCAGGACAUAAAGUGGACUGGAAGAGUGUUGAGAGGCUGAAGAAAACCUGCAGUCCGCAGCAGCAGGCACUACAUCUGCUUCGUCUCUGGAGAGAACAAAAUAAGCGCCAAGACAAACUCCUCAGUAUCAUCCAAGGUGUAAACCACUGUGAGAGGAAGGUAUCUCACUGUGCCAGUGUAAAAAACCUUACACUGGAAGACCUUUUGACCUUGAUGGAGAGUUUACCUGGGGAGAAAGUGAGCGAGGAGGAUAUUCGAGCCCUGGUCCGUUUCUGUCCCUCACAACGUUACAUCCUGCAGCUCCUACACCUGUGGAAGAUUCAGAAUAGAGCUCAGGACCUAGCCAAAGCUUUAUCUCACAGUCUCCGCAGACUACAUUUGAAAGGUGCUCACCGACCCCUUCUUAAAAUUCUGAAGAGGAUCAGUCGGAUUAUUAAUGCGUCAUCCAUACACCGUAUGUAUGAGAAGAUGAUUGUUAACAUGAUCCAGGACAACACAUUUCAAAACCCAACAGUACAAUGACUAAUUAUACUUUAUCGAAGGACUAUUAAAACAAGUUAUUUAGGUUUAAGUAUAUAGUUUUAAACAAUUGUGGAUUAAAAGGGGGAUGGGUUAAGUAACUGAUUUGUUGUGUGGAGAUGUAUAUCUUUUUUUGGGGCUGUUUUAUAUUGGACUAAAACUAAGAGUUUGACUCCAAAGUGGAAAUAUAAGCCAAGUUCUAGAGGAAAAUCGACAUUAAUUCAAGAUAUUGCUUGACCUGUUAUUACUUGGAAAAUGAACCUAUAUGCUUUAAAGGAAAAUGCCACCAUUUUUCCAUAUUCCACUAUGUUCUUGCCUCAACAUAGAUGAGUUGGUAUGUACCUAUCCCGUCUCAGUGCAUGCAAUCAAUUUCUGUAGCACGCGGUACCACUAUGCUAGCAUUUAGCUUAACACCAUUCAUUCCUUAGGACCCAAACAGGGAUGAAUUUAGAAGAUACCAAACACAAAAUACAUAAGUAGUUAAACAAGUAAGUAUGGUGACACAAAGUAAACAGUGGCGAUUUCCUAAGCAGAUAAAAAAUUAUGAAGUGUUGCAAAGUGCUCUUCCACCAUACAUUAUAGUUAUAAUUUUUUAUCCGCUUAGAAAAUUGCCACAUUUUAUUUUGUGUCACCACACUUACUCGUGUAACUACUCAUGUAACUGUCUUUAAAUAGGGAAAACAUGGAAGUGUCUGGUGGCUUCUAAAUUCAUCCCUGUUUGGAUCCUAAGGAAUGAAUGGUGCUAAGCUAAAUACUAGCAUAGUGGCGCUGUGCGCUAAGCGAU